AUGACCUUGGACAUGGAGCGCCUUCACAAAACCCAUGGGAUACUCGUGUAUGACAAUGAGUUGGUGUCGCGACCACAUGUACUGUUGCAAGUGUUGACGUUGGCGAAGAGUGCGAACCGCUCAAUAGCCAUCUCAGCGGGGAAUUAUGUCGUGCUCAUACAACAAUAUCGAUGGGCCAGUGGUGCUGAAAAGCGAGAAAUUGCUGCAAUUAUCGACUUGCUCCGUGAGAAAGAUGGACGCGUGGUCAAGUGGGCUGUAACUGCACUCGCCAACCUGUGUUGGGACAGUGACAGCAACAAGGCAACUUUUCGUGCGGAAAAUGGCAUUCCUCGGCUGGUGUCGCUGCUGCAGCCAAGAAGGAAGGAGAAAGAUUUCAUUUCUGUGGCGGCAGCGCAGCUCGAGUGCUUACUUAUGUAG